AUGCCUGUGGACAGUAACAGAGGAAGAGCCGCCGCCGACGAGGUGCAGAUCUUCGUGAAGACCCUGACAGGCAAGACCAUCACGCUGGAGGUGGAGAGCAGCGACACCGUCGAUAACGUCAAGUCCAAGAUCCAGGACAAGGAGGGCAUCCCGUCGGACCAGCAGCGGCUCAUCUUUGCCGGAAAGCAGCUCGAGGACGGCCGCACGCUCGCCGACUACAACAUGCAGAAGGAGUCGACGUUGCACCUGGUGCUCCGCCUCCGCGGCGGCACCACCAUCAAGGUCAAGACGCUCACCGGCAAGGAGAUUGAGAUCGACAUCGACCCCACCGACACGGUGGACCGCAUCAAGGAGCGCGUCGAGAAGAAGGAGGGCAUCCCGCCUGUGCAGCAGAGGCUCAUCUUCACCGGCAAGCAGCUUGCCGACGACAAGACUGCCAAGGACUACAACAUUAAGGGUGGAGACGUGCUGCACCUCGUCCUCGCCCUUAGGGGCGGUGGCUGUUGCUAGAGCCGACUAGUCAUAGGGUAUAGCUGCCGUUUUGGUAGUUUAAAAGAUCAGUUAUUUUUCAUG